AUCAGCGACAUCGGUCAAAAGAUACGCGGCCGUCAUGGGGACAGGGACAGUUAGCUGGGUAGCCACAUAGCCAAAUAGUGAUAGUCGGAGUCUUGCCAGUUAAAUUACGUACGGGUGGCCUCGUCAGUGUGGCAGACUGCUCCACACCCGCUGCCGCUGGGACGUGAGCCGAUCAGGUCGCUGUGUGCAGAGCUCGUUGGAAGAGCGAAGUGUGGCGUGAGCCCGGAGCGUGGGUGUCCGUGGCGCACCAUGAGCGGGGAGCCGGAUGCCCUGGCCGUGGUUAACCAGCUUCGGGACCUCGCCGCAGACCCCCUUAACAGGAGGGCCAUCGUCCAGGAUCAGGGCUGCCUUCCCGGCCUCAUUCUCUUCCUGGACCAUCCCAACCCGCAGGUCGUCUACUCUGCCUUGCUGGCGGUGCGCUACCUGGCAGAAUGCCGAGCCAACAGGGAGAAAAUGAAGGGCGAGUUGGGAAUGAUGCUGAGCCUACAGAACGUCAUGCAGAAGACCACCACCCCUGGCGAGACCAAGCUGCUGGCCUCUGAGAUCUAUGAGAUCCUGCAGGCGUACGGCGACGCUGAGGCCGAGCGGGCCGAGAGCGGAGCCUCCUGUCGCCGCAAGGCCCAGUUCUUCCUGGGUACCAACAACAAGCGUGCCAAGACUGUGGUCCUGCAGAUCGACGGCCUGGACGACACCAGCCGACGGAGCAUGUGUGAGGAAGCCCUACUGAAGAUCCGUGGUGUCAUCAGCUUCACCUUCCAGAUGGCCGUCAAGCGAUGUGUCGUCAGGAUACGCUCCGACCUGAAGGCCGAGGCGCUGGGCGUGGCCAUCGCAUCCACAAAGGUGAUGAAAGCCAAGCAGGUGGUGAAAGACGACGAAGGCGAUGAGGUGAUGGUCCCCUUCCAGGACGACUCGCUGGAGGAGGAGGUGGAGCAGAAUACGGACCUCCCCGAGUACCUCCCCGAGGAGGAGAGCCCCUCCAAAGGGCUGGACAAGGCAGUGUCCCGCGUGGGCUCCCUGCAGGAUGGUGUCGGAUGGCUCAGCACCGCUGCCAACUUCCUGUCCCGCUCCUUCUACUGGUGACCGGCGCCGGGGCGAAGAGGGAGCGUGACCACGGCCAAGAAAGGACUGAAGAAGCACAAGCCCCCGUACUGUACGCCUGCACCCUGCCCGCACGCACGCGCUCACACUUUCCCCCCCAUGUGCCACAGCCAAUGAAAGACUCCAGACUGCACUCGGACACGCCCUCUUUGGGGCAGGGCUGCAGAAGGGUCCAUUUUCACGGCUGGCGUUUGGGGGCUCCCCCCCCCUUCCCGGGCCGUGGGGUCGAGCUCUGACUCCACCCUUGAGUGUUUGGACUGCCGUCGUCACAGGUGAUGAGCAGGAGCUGUGCUUUAUUUUUAUUUUUUUUGUUUCCGUCUCCGCCGUUUGGUGACGCCCGGCUCGCUGUAGGGGGGUCGCUUUACCUGCUAUGCAGUGCGCUUUGACCGUCGCUCGGCACCGCCUCUGAGCCUCUGCUGCUCCCAUAACCGCACCCCAGCCGUGCAGCUCUCUCCAGGUGUCUCUUUGCUAUGCCGCUGCCAGCAGGUGGCUCGCCGGUUAAUGCUCUAGACUGAAAGGAAAGAACAUGCAGUUGUAGAGAAGAGCCUCACACGCUCUGUAUCCCCGCUGGUGUAGCUCUGAUGAUUUCAGUAACACCUUGUCCUGUUUAGAAGUCUGAAUAACAUUGGCAGGAUAGCAUUAAGCCCCCCGCCGCUGUCUGUCUGCUGGCCCUGCUCCACCCACCCCACCUGGCUUCCCUCUCACGACGUGAGAAGCAGCAUUUUUGGGUCCCACACCAAUACCCCCCAUUACCUUUACCUUUCAUUUAUCCCUCCCAUGCCAAGCUGAUAUCCAGAUGUAUUAUUGUAAAAACAGUUAUUGUAAUAUAAUGUAAAAAAAUUAAAAUAUAAAUCGGGCAGCACUACAGCAUCGGAUGGUAAACGAUGCUCCGAGCUCUGGUCCUGCCACUGGGAAUGUCGCCCCCAUGUGGGGACAGAAGUGGGGAUCACCUGACCCCCUCCACAGCCUUUUGCUAGGCCCCCUAGUGGUUGAACGAUCCCCUGGUGGAACAGGGCUGCAGUGUGGGCUUAUUUGUUGGGAGUUUGUGCCAUGACUAUCUCCAAUCCGUCUGUCUGUCUUCCAAGCGUUUAUCACAGACAGGCAGUGUAGGGCACCCAUGUAUAAAUAUAAUCAUUUAUUUGUGUUUUUUAGGAAUGAGAUGCCAUUUUCCUUUCUGUUACUCUUUUAUUGGUGCUGAGUUUAUACUGGAGGAGGAUUGUUUGGCCUUGUAAUUACUGUAAAAAGCCUCAGUAAUGUGUGUGCUAUUAGGACACUAAACCAUGCAGAAACCUCUAAGUAUUCAGAACACUCAGUAUGGCAGGAAACCCUUAACUAACCUUCAGCGCCACGCUCACCUGUUUUAUCGACCUUUUUAUGCAGUUGGGUUACUAACGGAUCCGAGACGCUGUAAAGCGAUGGAGCCACGUAAAUAAAGGUUGAAACCGAA